AUGACAACUUUCGAUCAGCUGAACAAAGAUGUCAACAACAAUGAGCUGGAGAGCAGCAAGUUUCUCACAUUUGCUGACGUUCCAUCAGGCCUCUUGGAAGCAAUAAUGUCUUAUCUUUCGUACAAAGAUAGCAUUCGUGCAUCCGCUGUCUGCAAGGCAUGGCGUAAAGCUGCUGUAGCUGUUCGGGUCGCUGAAAAGUAUCCAUGGGUUGUCUCAUUUCCUAAACGUGGAGACUCCGUUUAUCUGUUCGAUCCAUUGGAGAGGAAGAUGUACACACUGAAUCUGCCCGAGAUAGCUGGAACCAAUGUUUGUUGCUCCAAAGACGGAUGGUUGCUUAUGCGCCGAUCAAGCUUUGUGGACUUGUUCUUCUUCAACCCGUAUACACGGGAGCUCAUAAGCUUGCCAAAGUGUGAGCUGUCGUUUCAGGCUAUUGCUUUCUCCUCUGCCCCUACGUCAGGUACUUGUGUGGUGGUUGCGUUAAGACCUGUUAGGAGAGAUGCCAUUGCUAUCAGCAUUUGGAAUCUUGGAGCAUGUGAGUGGGUUGCUAAGGAGUUCACUUGCUCUCUUGGGUUUGACCCCUACAUGCAUAGCAACCUUCUCUAUGCCAAUGAUCACUUCUAUUGCUUUGACUUGGGAGGUGUUUUACUUAGCUUUGAUCCGGCUUCUAGCACAGUGAAUUGUGAAUCAUGGGAUGAACAUAGAUGCCCUUAUCUUCAUAAUGAUGAAUGGUUGGGUCUGCCCAAGAGAAUCUACUUGGUGGAGCAGAGAGGAGAGCUCUUUCUCAUGUAUACGUGCGGCAAUGAGAGGCCAAUGGUGUAUAAAUUAGUCUCUUCGAAAUGGGAGGAGAUCUCUAGUGCUGCUGCUCUCAACGGCUUGACAAUCUUUGCGAGUCUCUACUCCUCAGAGACUAGAGUGGAUGUCCCAGUGAUGAGGAACCGUGUGUACUUCCCACGGUACGGUUUACAUAACAACCAGUGUGUAUCCUACUCCUUUGAUCAAGGCAGGUUCUAUCCGCGUAAGCCGCUCUUAAAACCAAUAAAUUUAUGGGGAAUGCAGCCAGAAUUAUGUCCUCUUCAGAGUAUUUGGAUCGAGCCACCGUCAAAGACGUUCUUAGACGGUCUUAUGUGAAAAGGCUAAGUGACAGUGAAGGCAAAAAAGGUAACUUACUUUUCGCUUUGGGGUUCAUGUAUUUUACUUUUGCUAUGUAUUGGUUCUUGCAUGUAUGAAACUUGCUGUUAAUUUCGCUUUGGGGUUCAUGUAUUUUACUUUUGCUAUGUAUUGGUUCUUGCAUGUAUGAAACUUACUGUUUCAAACUAUGAGACCCAUCGUCCUAUAUAUUAAUCAAAAAGUAAGGUUACAUUACAA